GGCUUCUGUAAGGCAGGAAGGACUAACAGCCCUCUCUCUCUUUUGCAUUGCAGACCCCAUGUAAAAAUAUCGUCAGCCAUCAGGGGAGAGCAGUGCUUGUAGUGUCUGCACCGUCAGGGAGAUUGGUGCUUGGUUUCCCCUCAAAACACACCUCAAAGCUACUGCAGUGAGGAUUGGGAAGGAAAAUCGUGCUUAAAAAUAUAUGUAUCUGAAGUGUGUUUUUAUAUAAAGAGCGCAGAGUUGUGUAGAAGAAUGUUUUUAUUCUUUUAGUGUAAACCUGCAUUAACUUUUCUGUGUGAUGUACGCCGUGGGAGCAGCACUGUUUGGGAUUCCUAUUUUUGUGGGUUUUUUUCAGAUAGUUUGUACUAAAAGUUGUGACUCAAUGGUAUUAAAAUAUUUCUGAUUAUGGGUGUCCUUCUGAAGUCAUCUCUUUGCCCUCUAUUCCCAACCUGAGCCUCUUCCCAUUGCUUCCAUGCCUGUGCCUUAGGGCUGAGGCCUUAUCCCUGGGCUGGGGAGUGGGUCUGGGGAGGGGGAUAAGGUUGGUGGUUUGGGCAGGGGGUUUGGGCUGAAGGUGUCUGCCUGCUGCUGGCUCCUAGGCUAGAACCACCUCCUCUCAGCCUCUUGGGAGGCACUUGAAAUAAGUGUGGCUCCUGAGAGCGGCCCACCAGGCCUUGAGCCAGUGUGAAACAGAACUUUGCAGGUAUGCCAGGGCAGGUGCUAUUGCUCAAACCGUGCUUAAAGGUUGCUUAAUUUAAGCCUAAAGCACCUAAAUCCCAUCUGACUGGCCUGGCACUGCACCCCUGUAGCCACAGCCUGGGCCCUCAGCAAGGCCCUUCCCAGACUGCGGCCUAGCGUGGGUCUGUGCCAGGGCUGCGGCCUAGUGUGGGCCCUCCCAGCCAGGCCCCAUCACCUCCCAUUCCUCAGCUCAGCCCUACAACAAAGCACUCAUUGCAGUCACCCCGCUGCUUGUGAAGGAGACCUGCAGGGUUUAAUCUCUUUUCCAAGAACUCGGGGCUGGGCUGCUCCUUGCUGUGCUAAUUGAGUUGAUUUCUGCUUUUGUGGCACCUGCUUUUCCUUGGCACUGCUGGAGGCCCAGGGGUUUUGCCCAGCUCCCCUAUCUUCCUGCAGCCCCUGGCUCACAGAUAUGUUCUAUUCUCCCCCAAAACUCUGAUUUUGGGGACUCCUGUGACACUGCCACAGGCUCAGUCCCAUGGCUCUCUGGGAUCAGCCGCCCAGGCUGCAAGAACAUAAGAGGGGGAAAAAUAGCUGAGCUGCAGAAGCAAUUACAUGUUUGGGGACACAAAGGCCCCCACUGUCCUCCAGACAAUCCCUUGUGUGUUUUGCCCAUGGCAGAGUGGAAUUAAAUAUGGGAACAGGCUGCCAGGCUUGGGAUGGCCUGCAGCCUUGCAUGCAAUGCGUGGGAUCCACUGCCAUCCAAAUCACGAAAAAGAGCACUUUAGUGGCUUUCUGUCCCCACACCCUCCCUCUUUCUAUCUUACAAAACCAUUAUGAUGCAGAUCUAAUCUUCAUCUCAUCUUCACUGACCAAGGAAAUAUUCUUAAUUAUUGAAAGACUGAUAUAUUUACCCCUCUACCUGUAUCUUUUCAAUGCCCAAAACAUUUCAACUGAGAAUCAGACAGGUGGGCGCAUUUCAUAUAUAGUAAACCCACAGAUUAGAUGAGCAGAAAAUAAAAUCAAAAUUCUUUUAUGUAUCACCAAUGCACACGUGUAGAGAACAUACCAGAAUUUCAUCCAUUUUGUGGCUAUCUAAGUAUUGUAAAUAGAAAAUUUCUGAGAUCUUAGUUGGAAAAUGAAGGUAUACAAACCCUACUGGAAGAUUUCAGCCCUAAUUCACCACUACAUGCACAGGUAUGCUCAAGAAAAGCGUUGCCAUGAGCCAAAAUACCAUUUGAAACAGGAUAAUCUGAAAUAAAGCCACAGCAAUUACUCAUGUCAGGAACCUGGGUGCCUCUGCAGGGCUGAAUCUCAAGAAUUUGCUAUUAAGGAUUGUGCAGCACUCUACAAAACCCCUGUAGUUCAGUACCGCAGAGGAUUAUUUAGAGGGGAAAAGAUAAUAAUAAAAGUACCUCUCUUAAAUAUAUCCCAUGAUUUGGAAAUACAUACAUGGAGUGUUGUUUCCCAUUCACCCAUGAGAUGAGAGCAUAGAUACGGCCGACAACCAUGGGGCACUGCUUAUGCUGGAGAUGUUCAGAGGAUGCUGCAACAAGAUGCUGUGCAAGAAAGCGGUUUUCCUGGGUAGUAAGGAACAAAGCUGAAGUAUUUGGGCAGCACGAGGCAGCUGAGGUGCUGCUUUCGAGGGUCAGCAAAAAGCCCACAAAAAUGCCUCUGGCCAAGCAGCCACGUUGUCUGAGCUGGAAACCACCAGAGAGGAGUGACUGUGCAUAAUGGCCUGGGAGCCCCCACACAGCCAGGAAAUGGACGAGUUUUACAGGCUGCAUUAAGUGCCCCUGUGAGGCUGUGUCCUUUACAGCCUUUUGCUGCAUCCCUCCCUUGAAAGCUUUGAAUUCUGGGGGUGCCAGAGAGAUGAUCACGGCCCUCUUUGAACAGAACCCCCAGGAUCUGUGAGGGGUCCCAUCAAGGUGGCUUGUUUUGCUGCCUCUGGGUUGACCUCUCUGCCAGUUUGAAACCUAUGAGAUGUCUCUGGGAGAUGGGAAAUGCUGGGCCAUUUCACAGCUGGGAACCUGAUGGAUAACACUAGGGGUUUUGAAUUACCCUCCCUGCAACAAACUGCAUUUAACUUCUUCCUCCUGCCACCUCCGUCCGUCUGCCUCCUGCGCCAGUGCAUUGGAGCCAACACACCUCAGGCCACUCACCCAUGAGCGCUGAUUAAAAGGUGUGAUUAAAGAACAGGGGACGUUUGCCCAGCACACAGAGUCCCCCACCUGGGGAGUGUUUCUCCACAUCUCCCGCAGCCCCAGCUGGUUCCCACAGGUGUCAAGAUGUGAUGUUUUUUGGAGGCCGAUCUCUGUUUCCAGCCAAUUACCAUUUAACCACGAGGCUCCCCUGUCGUGCCUUAGUACACAAAGCGCUCUGAAACACCCUGGAGAAGCAUUAAAUAGCCCAGCACAGAUGUGGGCUCACAGUGCUCUGUGGGCAUUUAAUUUCCGUUGGGCACCUCUACAUCCCAUUCAGGUGGGACUGAAUCCCACCCUGGGACUUCAGAUGUCUGCACCCCAGCGAGGUUGAGCCUGGAUGCUGUGAUGAAGUGGUUACAGCUCCAGGUGCUAAAGCAUACGGCAAUGCCAAGAUUUGGGCUGCAAAACGCACCGAAGUAGGAGUCCUCUCCAGUGGAACAUAUGAGAUAUGGUGUCCUCUGCUCAUACCUUCUGUACAAUCGCUUUCUCUGCGAAGUCCCUUCAACUCUGGCCGUGAUGGAAAUCAGAUGGUUCCAUCCCCUUUGCUCUCUGGAAAUGCUCAGCAGCACCCAAAGGCGCCCACAUUGAGCCACGGCAGCGCUCUCUCUUUGGGCUUGCUGCUUGAGAAUGGGACACCUCCAUGGGACACUCCCACGUAUUCCAGAUUGGGUGUUUUGACGCUUCAUAACUUACAAAGCAGUUACAAGGAAAGGUGGGUAAUCUUUUUGCUGAAUGAUGAAAACAUCAAGGAAGCCUUAGGAUAUCAGGAGAUACGUACGUGCUCAAAUAAUGGAGUCUGACUACAGCUGCUCUUUGACAAUAGUUUCCAAGCAGCUCUUGAUUCCCAGAGGGACAUUACUGAGGGUUAUAGAGUUAUAGAAUCAUCUAGGCUGGAAAAUGCCUUCAGGAUCACCCAGUGCGAGCAUUUUCACCUACUAAGUCCUGUCACUAAGCCCUGUCUCUUAGUGCCAUGUCCACAUGUGUCUGAAAUGCCUCCAGGGCUGGGGACUCCAGCUCUCCCCUGGGCAGCCAGUUCCAGCGCUUGACCACACUCCCUAUAAAGAAAUCCUUCCUGACAUUCCAUCUAGCCCUCCUCUGUCACAACUGGAGACCAUCUGAGCUGCUUUUAGGGAUCCAGAGCACGUUCUGGCCCAGACAGAGGACAACGUACCGGGGAGGUGGUCAGAGCAGAGGCGGGAGGCAUCUCUGUGUUCCCUUGCAGGUGUCCCCAUGAGUGCGCUCUUGCAGAUGACAGCCUUUGGUCUCACUCUCCUCUCGGCCCUAUUCCUCCUUCUUGCCACAUGCACUGACUGCUGGAUGGUGAAUGCUGAUGACAGCUUGGAGGUGAGCCACAAAUGCCGGGGCCUUUGGAGGGAAUGUGUCACCAACACGCAGGAUGGAGUGAGGACCUGUGACCAGUAUGACUCCAUUUUGGCAGACCAUCCAGUGAAGAUUGUGGUGACACGAACGCUGCUGAUCACAGCGGACCUCCUGGUGGGCCUGGCUUUGGCUACUUUGCUCCUUGGGCUCGACUGCACCAAGUUCCUCAAGGAAGAACCUCAUGUCAAACUGAAGAUGUGCUACGGGGCUGGCAUCAUCCUCGGCAUCGGGAGUAUCCUGGGUCUCGUGGGCUCCGUGUGGUAUGCAGUGGAUGUCUACGUGGAGAGGGCCAUGCUGGUGUCCCACAAUCUCUUCCUGGGGGUCCACUAUGACUUUGGGUGGUCCUGCUGGCUGGGGAUGGCUGGCUCAACGGGCUGCUUCGUGGCAUCUGUCCUGCUCACCUGCUGCCUCCAUGCCCACACAGGUCAGUCUGUGUUGUCCCGGGCUGCCCCAUCCCACAUCAAGUCCUGCAGGGAUAUACCUGCGGUGGACAACUCGGAGGGUGCAGUUGCUUCUUGCAGGCUGCAGCCAAAUGAAGGGUAGUUGGCAUUUGCACCCUGGCUGUUGGGUGGGAAGGGGGAGGGCUGCAUCAUGCCAAGCAGAGCCCCAUAGGUUCUGUGGGGGCACGGGGGAGUGCAGAAAUGCUCCACCCCCACCCAGGGCAUCUCGAGGUCCUGGUGGAGGUG